CUGCCUGCUCGCGGCUGGGUGUCCCGGAGGCGGCUGCUGGGAGCCGCGGGAGCAGCUGCGGUGCUCUGCCAUAUUGUGUCUGGCCCGGCCCGGCCCGGCCCUCGCCUCCGGUUCGCGGCGGCUGAGCUGACGAACUAUACGAGUAAAUGGGUCCAGUAAUUGGAAUGACUCCAGAUAAGAGAGCUGAGACCCCAGGAGCCGAGAAGGUUGCAGGACUAAGUCAGAUUUACAAAAUGGGAAGCUUGCCUGAAGUCGGGGAUGCUGCGAGGCCAAAGGCCACCCUAGUGGGCAGUGACUCGGCGGAUGACGAACUGACAAACUUGAACUGGCUUCAUGAAAGUAGUAAUCUUCUAACCAACUUCAGGCUUGGGAGUGAAGGUCUCCCAAUGGUUAGCCCGUUGUAUGACAUAGAGGGGGAUGAUCUGCCGGCCUUCGGACCGUCCUGCUACCAGAACCCAGAAAAAAAGUCAGCAACUUCAAAGCCCCCGUACUCCUUUAGUCUUCUCAUUUAUAUGGCUAUUGAACACUCUCCAAAUAAAUGUUUGCCUGUCAAAGAAAUUUAUAGCUGGAUUCUGGACCGCUUCCCGUACUUUGCCACUGCACCCACAGGCUGGAAGAAUUCUGUUCGGCAUAACCUGUCCCUGAAUAAGUGUUUUCAGAAAGUGGAGAGGAGCCAUGGCAAGGUUAAUGGAAAAGGUUCCUUAUGGUGUGUUGAUCCAGAAUAUAAGCCCAACCUUAUGCAGGCCUUGAAGAAGCAACCUUUUUCCUCUCCACAAAGUGGUUCUUUAUCGCCUCACUACUUGAGCUCUGUUCUGAAGCAAAGUCAAGUGCAAACUCUUAAAGAAUCUGAUAUUGACGCUGCCACUGCGAUGAUACUUCUGAAUACUUCAAUAGAACAAGAGAUUCUAGAAUGUGAGAAGCCGCUGCCUCUGAAAACCUCGCUGCAGAAGAAGAGGGCCUACAGCAGCGCCUUCAGUGCCCCCAGCGCGGGGGGACUGCCGGAGAGCCACUCCCCAGCCGCCAGCAUCGACCCGAAAGCCGACCACAAUUACAGUGCCAGCAGCAUGGCAGCUCAGCGCUGCGCGUCCAGGGCUAGCGUGUCUUCCCUGUCCUCUGUGGAGGAGGUGUUUGAGUUCAUCCCAAAGAGUAGCCAUGUGGGCAGUGACGGCAGCGAGGGCUUCCACAGUGAGGAAGACAGCGAUGCCGACGAUGAGGACGAUCCUCUUGGAGACAGUGGCUAUGCCCCACAGGCUCAUGAGGACAGUGCUCCGAAAGGACAGCCAGGCAAAAAGAUACGAAAACAGUCCUGUCAGGAAAUUGAUGAGGAGCUCAAAGAAGCAGCAGGGUCGCUGCUCCACCUGGCUGGAAUCCGUACCUGCCUUGGUUCCCUCAUAAGUACUGCAAAGGCACAAAGUCAGAAACACCGGAAGAAGUAGAAAUGCUUACUAGUGUGAAGUUACUUUAAAGUGUGGCAAUACUCUCCUACUAAACUCUUCACAAGGGAUAUCAGAGCCAUAGCGGACCUCUUUAGCUUGAGGGUUGGCGAGGAGUGCCACUUGUUUCUUUCUAGAUAUUUCUUGGUUGCUUUCUUUUUUGUUUUGUUAAAUUAAACAGUUGCUCUUAGGAUCAUGCCUAAUUGUAAAUCUGAUAUAAAGGCCCCAAAACAUAGUUUCUGUGAAUAAGUGUCUCCCAGAUUUGGAAAAUUUUUGUAUAAGAAAAUUCUCAACCUCUGUCUUAAACUUGUAGGGAAAAAAAAAAUCAAUCUCUUUUGUUAAUUGGUCAAAAAUAUAAGAAUUGGUAACUCAGUAUUUCAUUUUUCUUCCCAUUCUGUAAUUAAAUGUAGUUACUUAUGUAGCUAAGCAGAUGCUGGCGUCUUUCUCAUGUGCUUCUCUCCUGACACAAUCCAGAGAUGAAAUGUGUAUCUUUUGUCUUAUGCUUGUUUUAAGUUAUUCUUUCUGCAGCAUGAGCAUGGCCAAAUAUAAAUGGGAAAGACCCUAGAUGCCUAGAAGUUUCUCUGGUUUGUAGAGAAUCCAGUUCUAAGAUUUAGGAAAGGCCAUUUGGGGGUGUGGCUCAUCUCAAGACUCCAAUUCCUAUUGCAAUAGUAUCUUUGAAAUGUUUUUACCUCACAGUUAAUGCAUAGCAUCCCUGGGGCCUUUACCCUUUCUGGAGUACUUUGCAAGUGUGUUUAAGUUUUAGCUGCUAGCUGUCUUUGUUAAGUAAAAAUCGUCCAGCAAGAGGAUUCAGCCAGAGUGUGUCGUGGGAUAACAUCCAUCUUUACACACUUUGACAGAGAGAGAAUCUUGCAUUUGCUUUCUAAACAUAGUGUAAUGAAAUACUGUGAAGCUAGGUCAUUGAGGGCAAAACUUUCCAAGCUUUGUGUAAAUUAAAAUUAUAUGUAUAAUGAAUUAGAUUUAAAAUACUUGAUAGGAAACUGUAGAGAUAAAUAUCUUCAGGGAUUUCAAAAUACGUAUAAAAAUUAGGUCUUACACAAAACUUUUUGAGAGGCAAUGUAAUACCUAUAUGUGCCAUUAAUCUAUGCUAAAAGAUUUUAUAUUACUAUUCCAAAAGUGCAUUGGCUAAGGUAUUUUAAGUAUUUGAACAAAACUGCUUCUAUGAGACAGUUUUCAUAUCACUUACAGUUUGACUAUAGUAUUCAGAACAGGGAUACUAAUACUGUAACUCACAAAUAUAUUUUUUUACAGUGGUGGGAGAAACUUUGGGAAAGUUGAGUCUUAUUUCAUGAUACAUCCUGUAUCCCAGACAGUGACCUUGUUGGCAGUUUUCUCAUUUAUAUGCGUAUACACACUUGCUGUAUGCACACAUACACAGGCUCAGGUUAGUUUCCUGCUUUCAAAUGUUUCUAGGACUAUAAAGCAUUUUCUUGGAUUUUUUUAAAGAGACAAAUGUUUUAAUUUUUACUUAUAAAUUUUAUUUUGGCAACACUGUCAAACGAGAAGAAAAACUACGGCAUGUUUCUUAAUUGACCACACUUUAACCUAUAACAGCAUUGGUACACUCCUGUGUCCAUGCUAGCUGUGAUUAAAUCUGGAUAGCCGCAUUAAUGGAAUGGGUGCUACUAAAAUACAGACUUUUCCUCUUUCAUUCAUAAUGCAGGUUGAAGAAUUUGAAGUUUUUCUCACUCAUAAAUGUUCUCUCUCCAGAAAAGAGCUAAGUGAAGUUAGUCUUUUACUACGGUGAAUAAAACACCAAAUAAAAGUGGUUUGACCAUGGUGUAGCUCCUAGAGAGGUUAGAAAGGUUGGCUGAACAGCAUACUAGUUUGAAGCUAAUCACCACGGCCCUCUGGAUUGGCCUGCAGCGUCCAGGGUCCAGUUCAUUGCAUUCUGUUCUGAAAUUGGCUACCACAAGUGUUUCUCUAAGUUGCUGUCCAUUAGCUGUUGUGUGAGAGGAAAUAUCUGAAGUAGGAGGAAGGAGUUACUCGGAGCUCUAAGAGACCUCUUCAGAAUGCCUGUCAGGCAUUCAGAGUUCCUUGAUUUCCUUUCCCUCUUCAGUGGACUCUUACUUAAAGCUAGAGCCAUUAGCAAGGGUAACACCUGCCCGUGCACCAACAGCAGGGGUCCCUAACAGUUUGCACUUAGUUCUGGUAUGGAAUUCAGUGUCUCACUUUCCACGUGCUGUUGUGUCCACGCAUCCAUCUCAAGGGGAGAGCCUUCUUCAUUCUGGCCCCUUGUGAUGUUCUCGGGGAUCACACUCCUGCUUGGAGUGCUCAGAGAGAGACAGAGCUGGAAGCUUCCAGUUAAGGAAGUCGUUCUGAACCUCACGGACCGGAAAUUCCCAAUAAUGAACACACUUUGUGUAUUAAACACAACCUAGAAUCCAGGGACAACAACAUGUUUCAACAUAUUAAACUUGUUUUAGCUAAGGUAUACUUGUCUUCAAUCAAAAUACGAAUUUUGUUGCCACCAGUUCCAGUUUUAAAGGGUCCCUAGGAAAAGCUGUGUCUUGGCACUAUUUAUUAUCUUUAUUUUCUACAUCGCCAAGAGAAUCAGUGUUUCUUGAGUAAUCUUUGAAAUUUGUUUGUGCAAUAUCUUACUAAAUUAGUUGAUCUUUUGCUUUCUCAUUGAGAAUGAAAACAUUGCCUAGAUGGGUAGAAAAGCAAGGGGUGUGUCACCCCUUCCUGCCUGGGACCCUUGCCUGUUCUCAGACCAGCAUGACCUCUCCUAACGUAGGUUCCUUUGUGUAUUGUGAAGUUCAGCAUAUGUGUGGGUUUUUUUUCUUUUCCACUGUUUUCUGAGGCAUUUGUAAAGGGUUCAUACUAGAUGGUCAGUUAAAUGCACGUUAGCGCAGUUCAAAGCUAGAGCGAGUGUUAGGGGAAUGUCUGCGUCUUUGUAACUGGGAGGCCUUUCGUAUCAGCUCGGGCUGCAGGUGGGGGUGUUCCACAAAGCCGCAAGACUGUUAUCCAAAAUAGAAGUCUAGUUAACACCCUGGGGAAACUAGCAUUUUCUAAAGCGGCUUCUGAGGCUUUCCAGUUUACAUAUGUGUCAUAGGGUUUGGUUUUUUGUUUUUUUUUUUUCCUUAAAGUUUACUCCAGUGUGUUAAUGAUGUAGUCAAAUAUUUAUUGAAAGGCAAAAUAGAGUAUUUUAAUGUUAUACCUGCCAUUUUCAAGAACAUUCUUUGCAUCUAACUGCCAGUGCCAUUGUCAAACUUGUUUUCAAAAUUGUACCUUUUUAUUAAACAAAGUGCUACAUUUUAAAGUAUUAUGUUGCCAUCGUAUAGUGUAUAAAAUGUAUAAUUGCCAAUUCAUUGUAACUUAUUUAUUUUUAAACAAAAGUAUAAGAAUACUUUUUGAUUAAAGAAAUUUGUUAUUAAAUUGUUUCAUCUUUUCUGAUGUAGCGUAGAAACUUCUGGGUUUAACUGCCAAUAGAUGACCAGCCAUAAGUGAGCCGCUUCACACUUCCCAGUCUUCGCUCAUAGUAAGACGACUUACAAAUGUUUAGUUUUUGUAUCUAAUCUCUGACUAUUAAAAUGUUUAUAAAGUUUAUUUUUACCAAAGAGAUGCAAUUCAUUAUGAUAAAGUUGCAGAGUAAAUGUCGUUUUUGUAACAUU